AUGAAUGAAAGUAAAUCCAAGCCAGUUUCAAAGCUCGGAGAUUUCUUGAAGAAACAAUUAGAAACUGAUCAAUUACAAUUACAAUUGAUGAAAAUUCUCUAUUCGAAUUGUUAUAAAAUUCACAUGGAGAAGAAACUCCAGAAGAAAGCUCCACAAAAAAGCAAUAUAAUAAUUAAAAUGACUGAACAGGAGAGAGGACUAAAAGAUUUCUUGGAGAUUGUGGACGAAUGUACAGAGAAUCAAGCUUGGUUUCCGCAACAAACGGUGAGCAAAUAUUUGGAUAUUGGUGAGGAAGGUUGGACGAUAAUGUCUCACUGGAUGUUGCCAAUAUUUAAAGUUUCUAAUAGCGGAUUGGAACUGGGAUGUGAAACUUGUGGGAAAUUACAAUGUAUUUCACAAGCUUUCGAACAAUUUUUGACGAAACGAAACGAAUUCGAAAUGGACAAUCAGACAGCUUUGCAUCCAUUCGAAAAAUUCGUGGAUAUUUGGUCUCAACCUAAAUUACGUUCCAUGCACAAUACAAUUUACAAAUUGGCAGAUCAUCCAUCUGCAAAUGCAUUUACGAAAGGUUUCUCCAACUGUACAAUGACCUAUUUCGUAUUUUCUCGUGAAUUACAAGGAGCAGAUCCAAAGAAACAUCAAACUUUGGUUGCUGUUCUAGAAGCUCUCACAUUGAAUAGUUCAAUUUAUUCGAUUGAUGUUUCAAACUUACUUCUCAUUCACGAUGCUGCAGUUAAGGCACUUUGUAACAUGAUUAGAAAGAAGAAGAAUCUGAAACGAAUUGUAAUUUCUGAUUUGAGUUUGGGGAAAUCUUCAUAUAGUUUGGAUAUUAUUAAUGCUGUUUUGGAAGCUCCACUCCUACAAGAAAUUUCCAUUUAUAUUUAUGAAGAAUUGGAUAGUAAUUUCAGAUUUUUGGAAGGGGCUCCUGCAAGUUUAGUUUACAAAUUGGGAAAUCAUCCUUUCAAAAAUUUUACAUUUUCAUUGCUUAAUUUCAAUUUUCCAAUUCAGUCCUUGUCAAUUUUAGAAGGAAUGCUCAAAAAUAGAAAUUUGAAAUAUAUAGAAUUUAAAGUAGAGAAUAAUGAUGAAUAUAAGAAAUAUCAAUAUAUUGACUAUGUAAACAAGAUGGGUAAUUUGAUUGGAUCAAUUGACGAAUUUCACUUUCAAACAUGUCACAUUCCAAAUAUUUCCCUCAAUCAAAAUCUGCACUUGCUGAAAAAAUGUACAAAUCCAAAGAAAAGACAGUAUUUUAUAGAAAAUGACUUGUUGAAGGCCAUCAUUAAUGAUGAAUUGUAUUCAAGUGUUGGUUCAGAAUUCAAUUUGAACUCUGAUUUAAUGCGAGAGUUUGGAUUUUCACAUGUUUCACAUUUCUGUAAAUUUAUAACCAAACUAGAACUUGAUUUGAAAACUGAUUUGAAUGAAAAUGAGUGGGAAUUGAUUUGUAGCGCAGUAAUAGAAUCUGAAACUUUGGAAGAAUUGAGAGUGCGUAAUGUGAAUGUUUUACAAAAGAAUAAUCAUUCAAUUUUUCAAAAUUGA